AAAUUCAAGCAUCUAUAUAAAUAUGCACCUACAAUGGAAAAGGGGAUGAAUUCGGAUAUUGUAAAAGCCACACAAAUAUCACUUGGCAAAUAUGUUAAACGUCCUCAGCUUACUGAUAAGUUGCUAAAGAAACCACCAUUUAGAUUUCUUCAUGAUAUUAUAACAUCGGUAUUGAAUUCAACAGGGUUUUUCAGUGGUUUAUUUGACGAGGAAGAGUUAAUUUCUGACAACGUAAAAGAUAGAGAAAGUAAAAUAUUAUUCCUCAGUAAAAUAAUAACAGUCGUAAGUACUACAACAGGAAAACCUUUGUCUGCAAAACCAUCUAAAAUAAUAGCCGGUCAGGAGCCAGAAAAAACGAAUGAACUGUUGCAGUGCCUAGCUCUUGCUUUAGAAAAUAAUUUAUCUUCAGAUGAAUCUGUAAGAAUAUUUAAGGAUUCUGCGAAAUUAAAUACACCAAGGAACAAGAUAACCAAUGAUGUAGUAAAAAGUCCAGUAAAAAAAAGUAUCGACUCAAGAAAAGUAAGUUCCAAAAAUAGUGACAAAUCGACAAAACUUGUAAAAAGUGAUAAUAUAAGUACCAAAUUAAAGCAAAGAGAAAGUAAUAAUGUUAGAAAAGAGCCCAAGAAAGCGUUGGUGGUAGCAUCGAAAGUAACAACUAAAAAGAUUUCCGAAAAAGUAAAACACCCAAUAAACCCAAUUAAAAGCGUAGAUGACGUUUUAAAUAGUGUGAAGAAUGAAGAGAUACAAAAUAAUGUAAAUUCAGAAUUAGCUCUCGAUCAACAUCUUGAGCUAGCAGCUUUUGAUAGCCAUGAUGAUCUAGAUGUAACUCCAGAAUUUCAUACUGACUCCAAUAAUUGUAUUGCCAAAGAACAUUCACCAGCACAAGAAACAUCAAGAAACGAAUAUGAACAUGAAGAGCAGACUAAAAUUGAAAAUACCUUAAUUGACGAUAAUUUAAGUAACGAUAACAGUAUUGUAUUAACACUCGCCGACAAUCAAAAUGACAAGGACUGUAAAGAAGAAACUACUAAUUCAAACAAUCAACAUAAGGAACUUACAUCUCCACGUAAAACUGAAGUUGAAAACAUCAAGAAGAAAAAAGAAAAUACCCAUCGUAAUGAAUAUAAUAGUGUACAUCCACCUGAAACAAAUGUCACAGAAACUUCACAUGUAAAAAGACCAUCAAGUGUGAGGCCAUCUUCUUCUAGACCUGGUGCACCAAGACUAAGAGAAAAGCAUGAUAGCAUUUUAACAAGUGCUGAAAAUCUUGUGGGUGGUAAAGUAAAUAUUAUAGCAGAAAAAACAGUGAGUGAAGAGGAAGAAGACGAACCCACAAUCAUAAUUAUGGAUAAAGCAGAUACUAUAAAAAAUAUCGAAGUGGAAAAUGCCCAUCUACAGGCAACACCUGAUCAGCAUGGCCAUUUAGUGCAACAAAUUUUGGAUGCACAAAAAGAAUUUACGCAAGCUGCAGGAAGAAGCGAAAUUGAGUGGCAGUAUGGAGCUCAAAAAGCAAGAGAUCUGCUUCAUCAAGAAAUAGAACUAAUAAGAUUUAAUGUACAGGCGCUUUCACGAGUAGCUAACCCUCUGGGAAAAUUGUUAGAUCAUAUUCAGGAAGACGUUGAAGUAAUGCGCCAAGAAUUGAACCAAUGGCUAACGUCGUAUGAACUUGCUUCCCAGGAAUUACUAAAACAAAAAGUUGCAAAUGAGCAAUAUUUGUUGCCACUUUACGCACGGAAAAAGCAGUUGGAUGUGGAUAUAGCCGAGAAGCAUGAUAAAAUAAAUGAUCUUAAAAUUAUUAUACACAAGAAUGCUUCACGAAUCGACAAAUUGUUAUCAAGUGGAAGUAUUUAAUAAAUAAAUGUU